AUGGAAUGUCAGUCGAGUCAUCUGAAGUGUAGUUCACCAUACGUUCCAAACCACGCCAGAAUCCAAAAUCCUCGCCUGAACUACCAAUUCAGAGACAGAGUGACUGUGACUUGCGACGCAGACCAAUCUAGCUUUACUUUGCAAUGUCACAAUAAAGGCUUGUGGAGCGGACCAGACGUAUCCUGCCCAGUUCCCCCAACAAAAGUACUCUACUGUAAUGCCCCAGUAGUGCCUCCCUAUGCCACCAUUGGGAAUCUUCGCCUAUCCUACAAACCCGGCGACAGAUUGAAUGUCACGUGUGAUGUAGGGGGAGAGCCGGUCACACUGGAAUGCGUCGAUGGCUUAUGGACAGGACAGAAUGCAGUGUGUGAUUCCCCCGCCCCAGCGUGCAGUCCGCCAAACAUUCAUCCAAUAUCAUAUGUUGAAGCUGUUAAACCACGCUACAAGAAUGGAGACCAAGUGAAUAUUACAUGUAACGACAACUCUGAUCGGUUUGUCUGGGAAUGCCAAGAAGAUGGCUUAUGGCUGGGAAGGAACAUCAAAUGUGCGUUCAAUGUAACACCAGUUGCAGGUCAAAACCUCGGACCUCCUUUACCAAUGAUAAACCCACCAAAGAAAGUCAAUGGCAGAGAUCGUGAAUAUGGCUUGACAUCAAAGGAAGCUCUCAGUGAGAAAGUUCAUGGACCUCUACCUGAUGUUCCGGAAGGAUGUGCGAAUUAUGUUGUUGACGAACAAUCCCUCUACGUUGAACCUUAUAUCAAAGAAGAUGGUGAUUCAAAUUCCAACUACGAAGUCUACGAAUAA